GUGGGCCAAUAAUAAUUAUUAAAUGAAUUAUAGGAUAUUGUUUUCCUAAUUCUUCACCGAAAUUCUCAAGCAUGCCGCAUCCAAUUCCAUCGCUGAUUUCAUCAGCGUCAAGUUAUGUUGUAAAGCUUUUGAACGGGCAUCAAACUACGUUUCAAUGGAGAAAGUUGGCUUAGUUCCGUGGCGUAAAUGCGAGAAAGGCUUUCAAAAAAGAUGUAAAGCUGCCAACAAUGCUGAAGCUUUAUACAGGAAAGGAAUGAUCAAUUGUUUUAGUCGAAGGAAAUCGGAGUCCGGCCUCCGUUAUUUGAAGAAAGCAACCGAGAAAGGUCAUGUGGAAGCCGUAUAUACUUACGGUAUUAUCUUGAUUUGUUUGGGUGGUGAGCUAAGUAAACAAGGACUUCGAGUUCUAUCAUCCCUUCAUCUUCCAAAACCUAACGAAGGUAGUUCAAGGAUGAUUGCGAGCUGUCGUUCAAAAACGGAAAAGUUUUUGAGGUGCAUGUGGGUGCAUGUUGCAUUGACAGGACCCAAAGGGAUUUGCUGCAAUUGUGAUUGUGACAUUGAGGAAAAACCCAACCAUUCAACUUCUACGGAAUGCCAAACUUGGGACGCAAGCAACGACGUCGGCCAUUGUUGUGAUUAUUGCUUUUGGGACCGUGAAGCAAAUUUGUUUUGUAGUUUGCUUAGGAAAUAUUUAGUUAAUUGAAGUCUAGUCCCCGGUUGGCCUAGUGCAUGUAAUCUAAGCUAUUUCUCAAUAUAUUCUUUUAGCACACCAUGAAAAUUCAACCAAUCAAACUAUAGAUGAUGACAUAUCAUCAUUUUUUUA